UUAGAUUCUACAGACUUUGCGGUUGUGGCUUCUGGAUCAAGAAAAGGGUCAGCUGUGAGGACUGAUAACGGAAGUUCGUCUAAAAAAGAAUUAAGUGUUCGUUUUGCGGAUGAUGUAAAAGAUGAAGAUGGUCCGUCAUCUGUAGACUUUCGGGCAUCUACGUCAGCAUCUAGUCCGACUGAUACCUCGAAGGAUACUGAAGAUGAGGAUGAAGACAUAGAAGCUGCCAUGCCUAGUACAAAAUUGAACGUAGAGGAUGAAAUAUUGCGUCAAAAGAUGCAGGUUUUGGUUGCCAACUUCUCCUCUGAACAGUUGGCUAGAUACGAAUGCUUCCGACGUUCUUCUUUUCCGAAGAGUGUUAUAAGAAAGCUGAUUCAUCAGGCAGCAGGUGUAACUCCUGGUCAAAAUGUCGUUAUAGCUAUAGCAGGAUUAGCAAAAGUUUUUGCCGGAGAGCUUGUUGAAGAAGCAUUGGAUAUUCAGAAGAACAUGGGUGAAGAUUCUGAACCAUUAAAGCCACAUCAUGUUCUGCUUGCAUAUCAAAGUUUGUAUGACAAGGGAAAGUUAUUUCCUCCAUUUGGAUCACGUAGAAGUUUUUUUUUGUAG